UAAACAUCUAGAUUUUUCUUUGGCUCCCCUUUCACAAGUUCCAACGACUAGUUACAAUGGAAAAGUGGGUGCGGACCGCGUAUCACGACCAUUUUUGCGACUGGUAUCGUCAACCGAUAGGAAAAGUCGACUUGGAGCUACUCCGAACCAUCCUCCACGAGCAGCGCCCAAACGAGACCCAGGGGAUCGAUGAUGGGCUCAAGAAGCUCAAUCUAGAGAUCUGUACUCACCUUUGUAAAGACGUCGAGAGGGACGCACAAGGCCGAUUUAGAGAUCCUUCCCAUGCUCACGCGCUUCUCGCCAAUGCUAGAACUGAUCUUCUUAAUAAGACACUACGAAAGAAGGUUGUGAAAGAGCUCCAAGAACAGGGCACAUUGGCGCAUCAGGAGAUUAAAUCGACAGUAUCAAGCACAUCUAUCUACCCCGAGGCUAAGGCAGAUACACUACCUGCAGCGCACCAGGAGACAACAUCGACGGUGUCGAGCACACCUAUCUAUCCCCAGGAUAAGGCAGACAUUCUAUCCCCGACACAUCAGGUCCCGGGUCCAACCAUGGAGAAUGAGCUACAACAAUGGAUUCACCAGCUGUAUCAUGACAAGGGAUUUGUCAAUCAAGGCUUCAUCGGCUGGAAAUCCUUCGCACAGCUGCUCACCCAGAAGAACCCUGACAGAGAAAAAGAGAUCAAGAAAACGCUGCAAGAGUAAGAAGAAAUCUUUCGAAUACUGGAAGCCUCUGCUCACGCUCCCUAGUCUUCGCAGACGACCAGGACAUGCAUUCUAUCUCAAAGACCCAAAUCUAGUCCAAAAGGACAGAUCUCACAAGUCCUACCCCAAGGCCGGGGCUCAACCUUCUAUCGAUGUCAAAGAAGUCCAGCAAGUUGCCAAAGAAACCCAGCAGGUUGUCAAAAAUCCCCAGCAAGUCGUCUUGAAAGCCACACCUACGCCCACACCCAAUACCAAGAGCCAGCCGUCAGACUCUGCGCAGACGUUUCCCCCACUCUCUGGGAUGCCUUUCACCUUCUCUCUCGAAAACGCGAAACCAAUAGCUCCCCCGACACGCGUAAAGGGAGUGCAGUCACAGAAAGACGCUGCUUUUGUUGCGAGGCAGUUACGGGACCUUCAACUUUCUGAGCAGGUAACCAUCUUCCAGCAUUCAUUCAUUCUC